CUUGCUUGUGUGACCCGGUGUCUGAUCGCAAGAUCUUCCUGAUCGAUGACGUCUUUUUUUUGGGGAACGGGACCUCGGUGAUCAGCUCGGGUUCAACGAAAUAAUCAGUCGCGUAUAUAGAAGUGUCGGUCCUUUCAUCCCUUUGGGGCCCGCCCGUCUUCGUGUCUCCUUGCAGCGACAGACCACUAGAGCAGUCAACGCUCGCUGUUCUUCUUCUGCUGAAUUCAGUCGCAGCUGCUGUUUUCUUGAUCACUAUGACAUUCCUCGGCUUACAUCCGGGAACAGUAUCCCGUCUUGGCGGAGUUGUGGGAUUUGCAUUCGGCUUUCAAGCACUGUUCGCCGCUCAUGCCAUUCCGAACAAGACCGAGAAGUAUUUUGACCUUGCUGGGUCACUCGGUUUCAUCACCACGGCCCUGUUCUCAUUUUAUUACCCCACGGUUCGGACUGCCUAUUCUGCCGGAAGACUCUCAUUGGCGACUUUCCACCCUAGAUCUCAUCACCCUCGACAGAUUCUGAUCACUGCUUUGUAUCUGCUUUGGGCCGGAAGACUCGGUUCGUUCCUCUUCCAAAGGAUCAAAAAGAGUGGUAAGGAUAGUCGGUUUGACGAGAUCAAGCAGAGUCCCGCUGCCUUUUCUGGCGCAUGGCUCGGUCAAGCCGCAUGGGUCUCCGCAGUGACUUUACCAGCUAUCCUCGUCAACUUGCUUCCUGCCGCACAACCCGCUUUGGGAAUCCGAGACUUGAUCGGUGCCGGUAUUUGGAUGAGCGGCAUUGGGUUCGAGAUCAUUGCGGAUCGACAGAAAUCAGCUUGGAGACAAGACAAGAACGACAAGAAACACGAUGAGCAAUUCAUCAGUUCCGGUUUGUGGUCACUUUCCAGACAUCCAAAUUACGUCGGCGAAGCUUUCCUGCAAGCUGGACCUCCCCUCAUGGCCUUGACGGUCUUGCCACCUACGCCGGGUCGAUACCUUGUCUGGGUAUCACCCAUCUUCACUUAUCUCUUGUUGAGGUAUGGAUCUGGUGUACCGCCCUUGGAGAAGAGUGGAGAGAAGAAGUGGGGUAAGGACCCUGCUUAUAGAAAGUAUGUCGAGGAUACGUCCGUCAUGUUCCCUUGGCCAGGUGGUCUAGGCAAAGGCAAGGCGGCGUAGAUUAAAGAUGAGACGGACCAGAAGAUAGAGAGGGAGCUGAACGUCGCACCGUGUGCACGUCAUACAGGAUCACGGCCGUCUUUUGUGAUUACGCUUUUUCCAACUCAAACG